CUUUCAACGCACGUCGCCCUCUGGUGUUGAAAAUUUUACAGUUCCUCGUGCUGAAGAAGUAAUCGUAAAUUCAUUCGAAACACACCCUAAUUCUUCAAAAUGGUAUCCCUUCAACCUGUACAGAUUCUAAAGCAUAAUGCAGAGGAGGAGAAAGCAGAGCUGGCUCGUAUGUCGUCUUUCAUCGGCGCCAUCGCGAUUGGAGACUUGAUCAAGAGCACACUAGGUCCCAAAGGAAUGGACAAGAUCUUACAGAGUAACAGCCCGACAGCACCACUCACUGUCACGAAUGAUGGUGCCACCAUUCUGAAAUCCAUCGGAGUAGAUAAUCCAGCUGCUAAGAUCCUAGUUGAUAUCAGUAAGGUACAGGACGAUGAAGUUGGUGAUGGAACUACCUCGGUCACAGUACUCGCCUGUGAACUUCUCAAAGAAGCAGAGAAGCUUGUUGGUCAGAAGCUCCACCCUCAUACGAUCAUCGCUGGUUGGAGGAAAGCCAUCGAUGUCGCUGUAGCUGCACUUACACAAGCAUCUGAAGAUCACAGUGAUGAUCCUGAGAAAUUCAAAUCUGAUCUGAUGAAGAUUGCAUACACUACACUAAGCUCAAAGAUUGUCAGUCAUGACAGAGACAAGUUCUCUGCCCUCUGUGUUGAUGCAGUUCUACGACUGAAGGGCAAGACUGAUCUUCAUGCUAUUCAAAUCAUCAAGAAGCUCGGUGGGAACAUGAACGAGUCCUACCUUGAUGAAGGGUUCCUAUUGGACAAGAAGGUCGGUGUUAACCAACCCAAGAGGAUAGAGAAUGCUCGCAUCUUGGUGGCUAACACACCCAUGGAUACAGACAAGAUUAAGGUUUUUGGUUCUCGAGUGAGAGUAGAUUCGACAGCUAAGAUUGCAGAGCUUGAACUGGCUGAGAAAGAGAAAAUGAAGGAGAAGGUUGAUAAGAUUCUUAAACAUGACAUCAAUGUUUUCAUCAACAGGCAACUGAUCUAUAACUACCCAGAACAGUUGUUUGCUGACCAGGGCGUGAUGGCCAUCGAGCAUGCAGACUUUGAGGGUGUAGAGCGUCUGGCCUUGGUGACCGGUGGAGAGAUUGUCUCUACCUUUGACCGCCCUGACCUGGUCAAGCUUGGCCGAUGUGAUCUCAUCGAAGAAGUCAUGAUUGGUGAGGACAAACUGAUCAAGUUCUCUGGUGUAGCUCUUGGUGAGGCUUGCACCGUUGUACUGAGAGGAGCCACCCAACAGAUUCUUGACGAGGUCGAGCGUUCGCUUCAUGACGCCCUCUGUGUCUUAUCCCAGACAGUCAAGACCACUCGCACAGUGCCAGGAGGAGGUGCAUCUGAGAUGUUGAUGGCUAAUGCCGUCUGUGAGUUAGCGGCUAGGACACCAGGCAAAGAGGCCGUUGCAAUCGAGGCAUUCGCCAGGGCUCUAAGACAGCUACCAACCAUCAUAGCUGAUAAUGCUGGAUACGAUUCGGCUGAACUCGUCUCUCAGCUCAGAGCGGCACACACGGAAGGAAACUACAAGAUGGGACUGAAUAUGAAUAAUGGUACUAUAGGCAAUACCAUGGAACUUGGAGUACUGGAGUCGUUCCAGGUGAAACGUCAGGUAGUCCUCAGUGCAUCGGAAGCCGCAGAGAUGAUCCUACGAGUUGAUAACAUUAUCAAGGCUGCACCAAGGCAACGAAACGAUCCCGGUCAUUGAGUCAUGCUGACCGCUGUACAUAUUCAUCUUUGGAGCUUACUUGUGGCUUUUGAUGUACGCUGAUAUCCUGUAGGAGUUAUAACAGAACACCAUUUGAUAAUCAAUUCCCGGGCCCGUUUCUUCAAGAGUUGCAACUGUUGUAACUUUGCCAUUAUUGUAACUACCAUAGAAUCCUUGAUUGUGAUUGGCUGAUGAGCACCGUUACCAUGGUAGUUGCCAUAAUGAUAAAGUUACCACAGUUGCAAGUCCUUUAUGAAACCGGCCCUUGGAGGCUGUUUCACAAAGCUGUCUGUAAGGUUAUGAAUGUCUUCAUGAACUACUUGAAUACAUUCUUGGAUACUUAAUAGGAUUCAAUCUUGUUAUUAACCAGAAUUUAAAUGCAAAUUUAAUUAUCAGAAUUUAAUCUAUGCUAAAAAAAAUCAUACCCACUACGUAAACAGCAGGGAAAUCUUGUAAUUAACCAGAAUCAUUUAGAAUAACUUUGCAAAUAGCUUCAUCAAACACCAUCCAAGGAGAAG